AUGGAGGAUUCUUCGGAAGACGAAUCUGCCAUUUUCAUAACGCAGAGCCAGAGGUCGGAAAAUGCCGCUGCCGUUGAAGGUAAUUACGCUUUAACUUUUUGGGGGUCAUUUUUAAACGACUAAGAAAAGCUUUCCUUGUAUUUUGUUAUUGUUUAUAGAAGAGCAAAGAUUCAGAAAACCAAUUACGUCUGUUGAGUGUGAAAAAUUUGAAGAAAGUUGGGUGUCAGACUCAAGUCGUCGAAAAUGGGCGUGGGUGCUGAAAGUCUUUGAUCAGUGGAUGGUUGAGAGAAAUAAAGCCGUAAAUGAAAUGAGUUAUAGUGGUGAACCGUUGAUAAACGAGAAUCUAGAUGAAAUGUCUGAAGAGCAGCUGGAUUUUGUCUUGGCUCGAUUUAUUGCCGAAGUUAGAAAAGAAGAUGGACAAGAAUAUCCAGGAAAGACUUUAUAUGAAAUGAUAAGUAGUAUUCAAACGUUUUUACGUGUGAAAUGUAAGAGAAAUGUGACUUUGAUUGACAAAACAGGUUGUAAAUUUAGAAGUUUGAAUUCAGCUUUGAAUUUUCAAAUGAAAGAAAGCUGGGCAAGGAAUAGGCUUAGUUGUCAACAAGGCUAAUCUUAUUACGGAGGAACAAGAAAACUAUUUGUGGGAAAACGGGUUUUUAGGGAGCGACAACGCAGAGCUGCUUUGCCACACUUUGGUCUGGGUUUUUGGCAUUCAGUUUGCUCUAAGGGCUGGGCAGCAACACAGGAAUUUGAGAUUUAAAAAACUCACAGUUAUCGCUACAAAGUGACGAAUCGGGUAAUGAAUUCUUACAGUAUAUGGAGGAUAUCAGUAAAACUAAUAAUGGCGGUUUGAGCCAUUUGCGUAUCAAAAGGAAAGUUGUUCGGGCAUAUAAGAACUUAACCAGUGUAGAGCGUUGCCCAGUUGAGCUGUAUAAAAAUACGUAUCUCACGUGCCGAAAGAAAUCAGUGACAACGCAUUCUAUUUGCGGGCUUUGCCAAAGCCAAAAGGGGACGUAUGGUAUUAUAAUAAAGCUAUGGGGAGGGAAACGUUAG